GCGUAUUCCUAACACUUAGCCCGUUGAGCCACACCGCCGCGUAACAACUCCAGAAUUUUUCAUAAUCAAUUUUUAAUUAUUUGUUUUUACCAAUCAUUUUAUUGUUAUGCUGCUUAUGGAGUCAAAAUAAACUUAUCAGAAAUCGGUUGCUGGUCGUUGAAACAAAUAGAAUUAAAGAAAUAUAAACAGCUCACAUAAAUGAUAGACAACGGAAAAAAAAGGAUAUAAACUGCUUUGACAUUUUGCUGUUCUGGUACCAUGCUGGCCAAGUUAGCUGCUAUUCAUAUUUUACAUACUCACAUCAUGUUGACACCAGGAAAGAGGAAAUGGUCAGGCAUUUAUAUGAAACUACCUUACGGUUACACCUCGUCAUUACAGCAUAGCGCAAUGAUUUGUUUUCUAUGUAUUUGUAAAUUCAUUUCAAAAACAUAUUAAAAGUUAUAUUUUUUAUUUAAUUCAGUAAUCUUUUUCAAAUCCUAUAACAGUAUAUCAGGUCCUGCAGGUAUGGGGUCAUUUGCUGGUAAUAGAGUGUCUCUUGCUCUGUUUGGGCUUGGAAGAAUGGGACUGAUACAUUUUGAAAAUCUACAGAAGAAUCCAAACGUUCGACUUAAAUACUUGGUGGAUCUCGACCAAGAAAAAGCCAAUAACUUGAAGGAUUUUCAUCAUCUUGAUGAAGCAAAAGUGAUUCUUCCACAAGAUGAUCAUUUUGUAUUUGAGGAUCCCAAUGUUGAUGGAAUUAUAAUAUGCACGCCCACGGAUACACAUGUUCAGUAUUGCUAUGGCAGCAAUAAAAGCAGGUAAAGGAGUUUUAUGUGAGAAACCUUUGGCGAUGACAAUUGAAUCAACUUUAGAAUGCUACAGAGAAGCAACCAAGGGGAACAUACCGCUUCUCUGCGCAUUUAACCGACGCUUUGAUCCUCAAAUUCGAGACAUGUACAAGAAACGUGAUAUUAUAGGACAAGUACAAAGCAUAAAAAUGUCAAGAGAUUCUCCAAGACCACCAAUGUCUUACAUUAAGAUUUCAGGUGGAAUGUUCCAUGACUGUGCUGUGCAUGAUUUAGAUUUGAUAAGGUGGAUGAUUGGUGAAGAACCAAUUUCUGUAUAUACUGCUGCACACGCCCAUAUCCCAGAAAUUGCUGCACUUGGAGACGUUGAUACCAUAUUUAUUGUACUUAAGUUUCCAAGCGGAGUGAUCGCCCAUAUUGAUUUAUCAAGAGACUGCAAAUACGGCUACCAUCAGACUUGUGAGAUGUUUGGUGAAAAUGGAAACCUAAUGAGCGACAACCCAUUCAAAUCUGCAGUUCAUUUUGCCGGUGUUGGAGGAACAGUUAAUGAUGUCAUACAUCAUUCAUUCAAGCAGAGAUAUUCAGAAGCAUACCAGGAAGAAAUUGCCCAUUUUGUUGCAUUGCUCACAGGUCAAGUAGACAAAUGCUGUGUAUCACCGAAUGACACACUUCGAGCAACUUUCCUCGCACAAGCUGCUGAAGAUUCCUGGAAGUCCGGAGAAGUUGUUGAUUUAAAGGAACAUUUUCAGAAAAUAUUCAAAAAUAAUUCCAAUGAUCCUUUGCUUUGGUAGAAGCAGCGCACUAAAAGUAUGCAAGGGGUGUCCGAAGUAUUUUUUAAAAAAUGUAAACUUACUACUAAAAGUACAAGUUUAUAACAUUUAGUUCAAAAUUGUUCAUUUCAUUAGGACAUAUUUUAGUAAUACACACUUUUUCAUGAUGGAUAAAGUAUUUUUACAUAGUCUGUUCCUUUACGGAUGUUCACUUGUUAUUGUCGAAAUCAUGAAACUGUCUGAUAUAAGUUACCUGAACUGAUGCUGAUGAAAAUACAACAACGCACUCACUUUUAUUUGUUAUAAAUUUAUCUCUAAAAUAGAUCUUCAAUUUUUCUCAGUGACAUAUGUAUCACAUUUCAAUUUUCUCGCACUAUCAUUUGGGAAUGUUGAUUAUUCAGAGUUGUCAUUAUUUGAAAUCUAACCUGUUGUAUUUAGAAACGUUAUUAUAAAAUCAUUGUUAUUGUUGAACAUUCAUUUACGUUAUUCAUCAUCACUUGUAAAAUAGUAUUAAUAAGCGAUGAAGUAAACAAAUUUAAGAUUUCAUUGUUCUGUUAUUAGGCAGAGUUUGAUCCAAUGUCCAUAUUUUCCCUGCUUGUAUGCCAUUUUCAAUCUAUGCUGUUUAACAUUUUUUGCCCAAUUUGUUAAUUGUGGUUUUUUGUCUUGCCCAGGCAAAUAGAUAGUGAAGCAGCUUUUCGAUUCGAUACUAUGCAUUGAAUAAGCCUAAUUAAUAAACUAUUUUUGCAGUAAAUUCUGACCAUUAUAUUUGAAUUGGUAUAUUUUUUUGGGGGAGCCUUCUUGAAUAUUUAUUGUUGCACUUGCACCAUUUCUUAUUUUCUGCCUGUUUUUAAAUAAUUAGCAAGUACAUAGCUUCAUUGACGAAUGCUUGAGAUUUUUUAGUACAUUUGCAAUUGAUGUGUUCGAAUCAUAUUGCUAGAUUAGCAUGUUAUCGUAAAUUUGUAAUGUAUGCUUCAUGUCACUUCUAUUUUUAUUGCUCAUUAUACAUCAAUGCUAAUUUAUCCUUAGCAUAAAAAAUAUUCCAAAAGCGAAUUGAAUGUUACCAGUAUCAGCUCGGAGAAAAUAAAUUUUGCUGUACAAUACAA